AGAAGUUAUAAAGUAGAAGGGCGGAGUCUGAACUGUGACAUUGAAUCCCAAAGCCUACUUAACGCUCCAAUACCCGCGCACUUCCCUAUUUUCUACUCGUUCGCCGGCGCUGCUCGUCGCCUCCGUUAAGUUUACUACCGGAAUCCGGGUUUCUAUUGAAGACUAGCAUUUAAUUCAAAUGGGUGAUAGUCAGUACUCUUUCUCACUUACCACUUUCAGUCCAUCUGGAAAGCUGGUUCAGAUUGAACAUGCCUUGACGGCGGUUGGAUCGGGCCAAACAUCACUGGGGAUUAAAGCUGCUAAUGGUGUUGUAAUUGCAACUGAGAAGAAAUUGCCAUCCAUCUUGGUUGAUGAAGCAUCUGUGCAAAAGAUUCAAGUUUUAACACCAAAUAUUGGAGUAGUGUACAGCGGCAUGGGCCCUGAUUCUCGAGUUUUGGUGCGAAAAAGUAGAAAGCAGGCUGAGCAAUAUUAUCGACUCUAUAAAGAACCAAUCCCUGUCACACAACUGGUGAGGGAAACUGCUGCUGUCAUGCAGGAAUUCACCCAAUCAGGUGGUGUAAGGCCAUUUGGUGUUUCUCUCUUGGUUGCGGGGUAUGAUGACAAAGGUCCUCAACUAUAUCAGGUGGAUCCAUCAGGCUCAUACUUCUCUUGGAAGGCUUCAGCGAUGGGAAAGAACGUGUCAAAUGCGAAGACAUUUCUCGAGAAGAGGUACACUGAGGAUAUUGAACUUGAUGAUGCUGUACACACUGCUAUAUUGACCCUGAAGGAGGGAUUUGAGGGGCAGAUCUCCGGAAAAAACAUUGAAAUUGGCAUCAUUGGCAAUGACAAAGUAUUCAAAAUUCUCACACCAACUGAAAUAGAUGAUUACCUGCAAGAAGUAGAAUAGAUUCCGUUUUCUUCUCUAGUGGGUUGAGGAAAAUUAGUUGUCAAAAAUGGAGCAGAUGGAGUUUAAUAUCGCACAACUAUUUGAGGAUCGUGUUGAUUUUUCGUUGUUACAGAGUUAGUUAUGCACGCUACUAUCUGACGAGGAAUUUGUUUAUUUUUCUUUAUUACAGUUUGACCUUUUAUCACAGCAUACUUAGUUUUUGUUGACCAUGAAACUGAUUUCUCAUGUUGCUACUUUCAUGCCCGUUUGAUGCGCUGGAAGUUAAAUAUGAUUUAUGUUAAGA